AUGCCCAGUUGCGGCUGGUGUCAACAGCAGAUGGCAAAGCUUGCCAACUUUCGACAUAUGACGAUCACAGAGCUCGUCAAGAAUGCUGCCACGCAACAGUCCCCGGAGUCCGUCCAGAAGCUGCAUGUCGCUAUUCAUGAAAGCAUGGUGGCCAGUUUUCUAGGCGAGGCGUUUGGCUACUACGGCCGCGCAAAGGCAUCCGAAAACCCGCUCGCCGUCGGCCCCUUCAUCAUGCAGAACCUCCUCAUCCUCGGAUCCCCGCCCCUCUUCGCCGCAACGAUCUACAUGAGUCUCGGCCGUAUCAUCAUAGCCCUCGAUCUUCGACGCCAUGCCGCCAUCAGCCCGCGGCUCACGGCCUUCUUCUACGUCGUCGUCGACAUCGGCUGCUUUGUCAGCCAGGUUUUCGGAUCAAUCAUGCCGGCCUCCGGCGACCCCUCCGCUAUCGAUCUGAGUAGGAAGAUCAUCAUGGGCGGACUGCUUGCGCAGCUCGGCGUCAUUUGCCUGUUUGCGCUUUCUUGUGCUCACUCGCACCGAUGGGCCAAGCGCGAGGCGCCCAACCUGAAUGCGACCCACGCCGGGAUCAACUGGAACAAGUACUACUUGAUGACAUACGGAGUGGCCCUCCUCAUGUUUGUGAGGAGUUUGGUUAGGGGAAUAGAGUAUCUCCAGGGAGAGGGGGGAUACAUCAUCAAGCAUGAGUUCUUUGUGUACGCCGUCGACGCUGCUCUUAUGGUUGCCAUCAUGGCGUUGUAUCUCUGGAUUCACCCGGGCAGGCUCGUCCGCGAUCUUGCUCGGUACAAAAGUGAUGCAUUCGGAGACGAGCGGAACAUAAUGUUGGAAAGACGAUAG